AUGUCGAAUCCUUCAUCGUGGGCCAGAUCCUUUCAGCACGCGCAAGCGGGGCCUCAACCUUGGGGCAAUCAGCCGGGCCAAGAUGCGCAGAACGGUCUCGCUCGGUCAUCCCGACUGGACAUUCCGAAUGUUGUUCGACCCCCUCCUGCACGACAGCCCCCUCCCGAUCCGUUUCUUCAGCCAUCACACCCCCGAGCUGUUACCGAGAAACCUCUAAUCAUCGACCUGACCGAUUCCAACCCCUCACACUUCCAGCGCGCCCUCAUCAAUACCGCCAAGAUGGAUGGUGUUUUUAAUAUACCACCAGUCACGCCCACUACUAUUGAAACCCCUGUCGUUAUGGAGCCUGUAAAGCCUUACGAUGGCGCGCUGUGUUCUAGGUCUUCGAUACAGAAUUCGCGAACGAGAAAAAGGCUUAAAUUCGCUCCCCAGGCAUGCCCUCCCGCCUCACCCCAGUUUAUCCAGCCCUCCAAGGUUUAUCAAGGGGCCAAGAGCUCUUUAACUCCUCCCGCACUGAGUCGGGGGAACAGUAGCAGCAGACAAAAGCAGAUUCAGCCACAACCGUCGAAAUCGGAUUUUUCAAAACCCAACACCCGUCGAGACAACAAGCCGAAACCUUACCUCUUGGAGGUACCACCCGGAGCGAUGAUGUUUCCAAGUUCAAGAUGCUCGGAUUUUUUUCCAUGGAAAGGGAACCACCCAGAAGAUCAUGUCACAGAUGCUCAGGCCAGGAAUGGGCAGUAUGACAAGCUGUACGUUGGGAAGGGAAAUGCGUCGGCGCGGCCCUCUCUGGUUCCCUCACUUAAGGGCAAAUCGGCGCUUCCUUCACUCUCCUCGCUAUUUCUAACAGUUCUAGAUAAACGGCAAAAGUAUAAUAGGCUUACAACUCCCCCUACGUUCAAGCCACCUCCUCGCGUCACUCUUCCUGAUAUGAGGCGUGAGGCAUGGCUGCGAGACCUGGCGAGUCCAUUGGUCCCACUACGUAGGCUUUCCAGGACAAUUCCUCAUGGAUUGAAAGGACCGAUACUCCUGGAUCAAUGCGCUGCGAAAUCGAUACCAACAGCACGCGCAGUAUGGUUUGCUCGCUGUGUAGGUGCUAACGAAUUGAGGGGUCUGAAGCGUAAGGGGGUCGGCUCGUUCGCCGUCGGCAGUGAGACCAAAUGGCUCAAGGAGUGGACGAUCCAGGUAACGCGAUUCCUGGAGCGAACGAUUUCCGAAUGUGGAUCCUCUUCGGACUUGUGGAAGCAAAAGAUGGUUUAUGCGGUUCGGCUUUCUGCACAUUUAUUUGGGGAGAACCUGCUUGAUAGAACUUUAUUUUUGGAGUGGUAUCUCUCAUACCUGGAAACGUGUUCCUUGGAUAUGCUGCCAAUAGCCUAUUUGAUGUUAAGCAUAUAUUGGGAUGAACUACUAAAGACCAGGAGGUUGGGACGGCGACUUGCAGAGGCCUUGUUGGGGAAAGCCGAAGCUAUAUUGGCGGCAGAGGAUAAGGAAACAUAUGCCCCGCUUAUGCAAAAACUCUCGAUUUUAUUGACGGAUAUUCUGUUUUUGCACAGGGAGUCCUUGAUAGUCUCGAAUAGCUGGGAAUCAUACCGAUCUAUAUUAGAGGCUUGCGUUGACAGGAGGUGUUCAUUUGUGAGAUCAUGUUUGCAGAACAUAUCUCAGAGGAACAAGAACCUACUAUCUCCAAUGCAGGCGAGGCAAAACGACUCUGUCUCAUCUGGCCAGAGGAAACUAAUAAACAUGCUGGACUCAAUAGCAAUGCUCUACAGCAUCGACGAGAUAUGGGAGAAAUGCUGCUCAUUAGAAGUUGCAGAGGAUCAACUUGUCCGCUGCCUGUGUCAGUGGGCCACCACCUCCCUUCGAGUUGGCAAACAUAGGAUAUAUAUUGUCGCAGGGCUCUUGGGAUGCGCGAGGCGGAGUGGCAUAAGUGUUCAGGAUCAUAUGAAAAGCUUCUUGGAAGGGUUUGGAAGUAAUGUCAAGGGAAGCAAGGAUGACGUGUAUCUUCUCGUCUCGGAGCUUGUUCGCUCCAAAACUUUCUCUGUCGCCUUGUACAUGAAAUGGCUUAUCUCGCGAGGUAUCCUGUCAGAGUAUACGAUCACACGGGAGAGUCCUUGUCAUGUCCGACUGCUUGCUGAAGUCCCAGUAACAUCUGCGCCAAACCAUAUCCGCAAUUUGCGUAGUAUUCUGCUCUCGGAUCAUGGGUUCUCUGUCGAAGACGAGGUGACAUCGUUGGAAGUGUCCAAGCGGAUCCUUUCCUCGAAAAUACCCGCAGUUUUCUACGGCGAUCUUCGUGCCGGUGGGUCUGUGGAGAGAUUUGCCCCCGAAGAGUUGGCAUACUUUGGCAGGCUGAACCGGGCGGUCAUGUACGAGCUAGGGCUUUGGAUCCGGGAGAGUGUCCGGAAGCAUGUUGUUAAGGGUGCACCUGUUGGUCGGGAUAACUGGAGAGAUCUUUCGGUUGAAGUUGGUAUUACUGCUGUUAGGACUGAGGAGUUUGUCAUGAUUCGGCAGUUACUCGAGAUUUUCAAGGAUUUUCUGAUUUUGGCUGAGGUUGUGAGAAUGGUUACUAGCUCCGACAGCUCAGCUACUCUAUCAUCUGCAGCUGAUACCGUGAGCUACAAUAUCGAAGUGUUCAGCUCCCUGGGCGCUGUAAAAGAUAACUUGCAGCUACUUUACAAUAGGUAUAAAAAGCUACGAAUGCGUCGAACAUUGGAAAAGUACGUGCUAGUUUCAUUGGUCGACUUGGCGUCAUUUCCCGAAGCGCAAGCAGAAAUUCGUCGAGAACUGGAGACCGAGCUGGCAAACUAUGAUAAACGCUUUCCUCGGGCAUCAGUAGCAUAUUCCCCAGUAUCAGAGAAUAUGGGCGACAUGUUUGAGCAUGGAACAGCUGAUAGCAAUGAGGAGAUUGAUCGACUGUUGCGGAACGGGGCUACCAUCGACAAGCACAACCUCUCAAGGCUUUUCGAGACUAUAGUUUCAAGGAUGGAGACUUCGUUUGAUGACAGGGAGAGUGUGGGAGCGCUGUCUUCUUCCGCAGCAUACUUGAUUAAGCUGAGACAGUUUGAUCCUCUGGUUUUUGACGAUCUGAUGUGUGGGUGGGUGACGAGGUUGUUGCAGUCUUCUAGCAGGCCGCCGUUGCUGCAAACUCUAUCUGUGCUUGUGGCUGGGUCUUGCCUGCAGCUCGAUGUGAUUGUUCAGGCAACAUUGUCAGUUCUGAGGCCCCAAGCUAAGAUUUCGAAUCCAGCUACUUCUGAGAUUGCUGCUCAGACCCUGGAUAUUCUUGUCAACGAUGGUACGAAUGGGCUAAGUCUUUCACCAUUGGAACUGUAUAGCUUGAAGCGGAAGCGGAAGCUCUUUGCGUUGAAGUUUGUAGACAAGUUUGUCCAGUUGAUACGUCUGUCGAUUCAGAUCUGUGCAGCGGCCUCCAAUCCGGAAACCAAGAACCGCGUACGGGAGCUGAUCCUAUCGCCACCAGUUCUGGAGUUUCUCCGUGGCCUCGCAACAGCACAACCUGAUACUCUUAUAUCCGAUAUCGUGGAGCCUCUAUCUAAAACUGGAGAAACGUCACUGCUGCAAUGGCUUCGUGUGCUGAUAGACCAUUUAUUGGACGAUCAGGAGAAUGGUGGGUUAUUCCCUCCCCACCCACCUCCCGAACCAGUGGCAGCAGUAGCUUACAUCGGCCUAGACAAUACAGACCUAGACCCCGAGGUUCAGGUGGCUCAUCUUAUUCAGUAUGCCAAUGAUUUCUCCAUCGGGUUAUGCCAAUUGAAAAUGCGGAUUAUAUUUGAUGCGGAGAACAAAAGUACCUCGUCCUUCAGGCCAAGCGGUGAUCAUACGGGAGGUAGCGAAAACCCACUUAUGAAGCCAUUCUUUCAGGGCAUUGCCUCCACAUUCAAGGACCGGGUUACUAUAUGGACUGACCUGGUCUCGGUGCUGAAUCAGGAGUGUGCUUAUCAGGUAUUCCACACACACAUGUUGUGUAAUUUCGUUUUCGAUGCUAAAUUAUUGGUACAGAUUCGCGGGUAUGCCGAGGAGUUGGUGCUAAACUCUCCCACCUUCCCGCCUGUUCGGCUAUGUCUUGGUCCGCUAGAACCGUCACUCGCGGAGGGUCGUGAGAGCGGGGAGACGCUUGCCCGAGCUCUACUUUCCGUGAUUGAAGCCACUGCGUACAGCAUUCCCAAGCAAGGCAUCGCCUCAAUCGCUACUCUGCUGGUGGACAAGCUAAAUAUGAUUAUCCAGUCCAUCACCCUGCAGGAAGACGAAUUGGAGAAGGCUGAGCAUGUCGCUGUACCAGAGGUGUUUUGGAACGACUCACUUACGGAAUCUAGGUGCUGGUAUGUUUACCUCUUUUAA